AACCUGUAGAGCCCCAAGACAUCCAUGGGGCCACUGGAACAACAUGCCCAUCUUACCAUCCAGUCCAUCUUCCAGUUUUAUUCUUAAAUACAAAAAAAAAGUGUGUACCUUACGUAUAUGAUCGCCCAAGACCCAAAUCCGUCCGCUUCUUUUUAAGACGAAGAUCUCAAAGACUAAAAAGCUACAUCCACACUUUCACCAUCUUCCUUACCUUUUGGAGUAUCGCAUUCCAUAUUCCCGUUAAUCAGCUCCAGUCUUCCUAGAACGAAACGAAUAUAGCAAAGUAUCAUAGCAAAGUAUCAACCAUCGCAUCGCAUUCUCCACCAUAGUUGUCGACCCUCUUACAUCGCAUCGUCUUAAACAUCACAGCUAUAUCCUUCCCGAGCCGACCUUCCUAGUAUCACUGCAAUCCGCUCACUACUUGUUGCCAAUCCGUCUUUCACAAUGCAUCGAACGUAUUCCAUGCGCCAGACUCGGGCGCCAACUGCCUCGCAGAUUCAGAACCCCCCUCCCCCGCCAUCGUCUACUAAGUCGGGUAGACUAUUCGGAAGAGGCGGAUUUGGACAUGCGCUCCGUCGAAAUGCCGCCGGCGCUUUCGGGCCUGACCUAGCCAAGAAGUUGACCCAACUUGUCAAAAUGGAAAAGAACGUGAUGAGGAGCUUGGAGCUUGUCGCAAAGGAGCGCAUGGAGGUUGCUCAACAACUCUCACUCUGGGGAGAAGCUGGCGACGAAGACGUCUCUGACGUCACCGACAAGCUUGGUGUACUCAUUUAUGAAAUUGGCGAACUUGAGGACCAGUACGUCGACCGAUAUGACCAGUAUCGCGUGACCAUGAAGAGCAUUAGAAAUAUCGAGGCAUCUGUGCAGCCUAGCCGAGACCGAAAGCAGAAGAUUGCCGAUCAAAUCGCCCAGCUUAAAUACAAAGAACCCAACUCACCUAAAAUUGUUGUUCUCGAGCAGGAACUUGUUCGCGCCGAAGCUGAAUCGCUUGUGGCCGAGGCUCAGCUAUCUAACAUUACUCGUGAGAAGCUAAAGGCAGCAUACACCUACCAGUUCGAUGCCCUGCAAGAGCACUGCGAGAAAGUCGCAAUCAUCGCCGGCUACGGCAAGCACCUCCUCGAGCUCGUCGACGAUACGCCCGUGACUCCCGGCGAGACCCGCGCUGCCUACGACGGCUACGAGGCCAGCAAGGCCAUUAUUCAGGACUGCGAAGAUGCACUAACUAACUGGGUAUCAUCAAACGCAGCCGUGAACCCAAAGCUAUCCACACGCGCCCGAACGCUCUCCAUGCGCCGCCGAAACAACAUCAAAGCCAGAUCAGAAGGCUUGGAUCUGUCCGCUCAGGACGCCCCGCUCAACGACCGCGAGUCCUGGGUUGCGGCUGGGGAGCACCGGAACCACGAGUAUGAGGAGGAAGAGGAGCAGGAGGACGAUCAGGCCCAUUCCAUACUGGAUUCUGACAGCGGCUUGAACGGCGAGCAGCAGCACCGAGGCCGAGCCCCUGAGAUGGCUGCCUAUAAUGUCUAAUACGAGGAAAGGUUUAUAGCAGCAGGUACGGGCGAGGUCGGACAAUGGUAGUGGUGGUAUAGCACUCCUUGGGGCACACGACACGACACGACACGACAUCACAGCACAUUGAUUAUUGAUUCCGGUCUCGAGGAGACCAACUUACUUACUUGCCCUUUUGAGCACUGCUUUGCCUGGAUGAAACGAUAGGAUGAACAACGACCGGACGGGACGGUGAUGAACACACACACGCGCACACACAUAUACACACGUAAUAGGAACCGGACAGCACGGACGGGGGAGAACGGGAGAGAAACAUUUUGCAAAUAACACAAACAACGGUGCUUAGCUUACCUACCUACUUGCUACUUGCCCCCUUAAUUUACUCCUCCUUACGAGUAGCCAAGCAACAAACAGUGGUCUUUUCUUGUCUUGUCUUGUCUUGUCUUGUCUUGUCUUGUACUUAUAAUGAGUGGCAAAAAGAGAGAUCUGGCUGUGCCUUUGUAGGAAUGAUAUACGAGAUGAGCUUUCACGCGAGAGCAACAACGUGUCGAACAUUCUAUUCUCAUUUGCAAUUAUCGUGACACUUCACGCCAAGCUUACAUGUUGUCUAUUCACUCGCACCUUGUAAUUAGUUUCGUAUUUGUGCGGUAAUAGGCCCUGAUACUUACCUACCUACCUAAGGUACCUGGGUAUAAGUAGGAUUAGGAUGAUAAUGCACAAGAACAUGUCUACCUCUCAAACAUGG